GCGCGAGCCAGGGCUCUGAUGUCACCGCGCGGCCGCGGGCGCCCAGGAGAGAGUCUCAGGCUGGAGCCUCAAGAUCCACGGAACCAGCCUGCUCCUUCUGCACAGCCAUGGAAGCCCUGGGUCCCAGGGACGACAGCGCCUCCCCGGCCUCAUCCACACCAAGCCUAGACUUACGGCGGCUGUCCACUCGCGCCGACUCGGCCUAUGGUUCUUUCUCGGCCCCUGAGGCACGCACGCCUUCGCCUCGYGCGGAUCUCCACCCUUACCUCGACUGGGAAUACGUGCGCGUGGUUUGGGGCGGCCCGGCCCCAGCUCCCCCUGAUGCCGAUCCUCCCACCACGCAGCGGCCGAGGCCAGCUGUUGCUGCGUGCUGUGAGCCAUGGCCCCCAGAGGUCCAGGGAACCCCGGGGCCACUCAGCAGACAAGCAACCCCGCUGCUAUACGCGCUGGCUGCAGAGGCUGAGGCCGGGGCGCAGGCAGCCGAGCCACCCAGCCCGCCAGCUUCCUGGGCGGCCUACCGCCAGCGAUUGCAGGGCGCGCAGCGGCGAGUGCUCCGGGAGACAUCCUUCCAGCGCAAGGAGCUCCGCAUGAGCCUGCCCAUCCGCCUGCGGCCAGCUGUCCCCGCGCGGCCCCCCACUGCGCACCCGCGUUCCGCCUCGCUUAGCCACCCGGGCGGGGAGGUAGGACCCACGSGCUCCGGGGCUCCAGCGCCAGGAUCCACUGGUCCGGGGCGCCUCGCCAAUCAGCAGGGGAAAUGGUGCUUCUCAGAGCCAGGAAAGUUGGAUUGCAUGGGUCGGGGUGGUGGGCUGGCGCGGGAGUGCUUGAGCUUGGCCUGCUCCAGCUCUGGCCUCAGCAGUCCUGAGCCCCAGGAGUUGCAGGCUGAGGUCAAAGGGUUGCAGUGUUGGGCGCAGGCUGAGGCCCAACCCCAAAGCACAGCGGAGCUGAACUCCGGGUCCAUGAAGCUUGGCAAUGCCUGUAGGCCUGCCAGUCGGAGUCAGAGCCCGUCAGGAGAGGUCUUGAGCCCCUGGAAAGGUCCAGGAGGGGCCGUGGCCCCUGUCCAGGCUGUUUCCCAAGCAGCAGAAAACCCCAGACCACCGUUUCAGACCAAACUUUCCAGAUUCUUGACACAGAAGGAAGCUGCACUGGUGCAUCCUGCAGAGGACCCCCAGAGCAGCCCUGCCAAGUGUGAGCAAGAGGUCUCAGAGAUCUGCAUGGAGUCUCCAUAUGCCCUCCUUCCCUCCCUUCCUGAUGAUGAAGUGUUCCUGGAAGAAACCCUGCAUGUUGGAAUGAGAUCACUUCCAGACUCCCAUAUCCCCCAGGAGUUUCCAAUCAGUGUCCAUGCCUCUGACCAGCAGUGUGGAACUGGCUUGGGCCAAAGGACUGGCCAGGCUUCAGUCCCCCCAGAGUGCACCCUGCAUGAAUGUCUGGGGACUGCAGGGGCAGGUGACUGCUGGCAGGAGAUGAAUGGUUCUGUGGGUAUCUGCAGGCCCACAAGCUAUAUCCCCCUUGGGACUGCAAAUGGUGACAUCUCAAUCAUUGAUACCAGUGGACUGCUUACCACUGACCACCCUGCAGUUGAUGCCCUGAAACCUUCAGGCAAAGAUAAACUAGGGUCCCCUCACCAUACUUCCCUGGCCUGGGGUACUGGACAGCCUGGUUCCAAGCCAACAUGGCCAUGUCAACGUCUUGAGGAGCUGGUUCAGGAGCUGGCCAGACUGGAUCCCUCUCUAAGUGAUACUCUUACCUCCCAGCCAUGCCCAGAGCCACCCCUGGGCCUGCUGGAUGGGCUGAUUCCUUUAGCAGAAGUCUGGGCUGCAAUGAAGCCAGGCUGUGGUGAAGCUGGAGAAGAGGGUCCUGGUACUUCUGAGCCAGGGUCCUAUCAAUUCAACUUUACCCAGCUCCUGCCAACUUCUCAGGAGAUGACAAGGCCUGAAAACUCUCCCUCCUGUCCUAUGCCUGACUGUCCUAAUGCCCAAACAUCAAACAACAGCAUCCAGGCUAAGAAAGUGGAGCUAGCUGGCCUUCUCCAAGAGAUGCUGCAGGACCUUCACAUCCAGGAGGAGCAGCUGCAAGAUGCUGCCCAAGAAUGGACCAGACGCAGGGUGGCUCUGGAAUCCGCAGUGGGCCAGGCCUGUGCACCCCGGGAACUGGAGCGGUUCAGCCGGUUCUUGGCCGACCUGGAGCGCGUCCUUGGCCUCCUGCUGCUACUCGGCAGUCGCCUGGCCCGUGUGCACCAUGCCUUAGCCCGGAUGGGCCCAGAUGGUGACCCUGAUGAGCGGGACUCUCUGUUGCAGCGACUUGGGCUUCUGCAACGGCAGCAGGAAGAUGCCAAGGAGCUGAAGGAGCAUCUGGCUCGGCGUGAGCGGGCCCUGCGYGAGGUGUUGGCGAGGGCACUGUCUGCAGAGGAGUUGUGCUCCUACAGUGAGCUGCUGGUGGGCAAGGCCACCCUUCUGACCCAGCAGCGCUGCCUGGAGGAACAUGUCCGGCUCUUUCAGAACCAACUAGACGCUCUUGGGAGCAACCUUGACCUUCGUCCCAUCUCUCCCAGGCCGUCCUGGCCCCCRGAGACCUGCCCUCAGGAUAAACCACCCUUCCUUCCUCCCUCUAUCUAGUUACAGGUGGCAGGAUGGGGCACUGCCCUACCUCACCCACACAACUGGGGCCAUGCUGGCUUAUUGGGUGCUUUCCCUUGAGGAAGCCAGAGAAGACCCAGGCUGGUUGUUUUCCCAGGCUACUCCUUCCUGGUAUUCUCAUGUGACCUUACCCAUGUCUGGUGGGUUAUUUAGGGAUUAACUUAAGAACCUUAAAAAUGGCAAUAUCGCCCAUUUUUAUGAUGAAAGAGGGGCUUUGUUAGUACUGGUUGGAGAAAGAGGAGACAAGUCUGAGGAGCACUUCUACUUGA